AUGGGCUUCUUCGAUCCACUUGGUUUACUUUCUCCGUUCACGAUCCACGGAAAGAUCAUCGUGCAGCACUUAUGGCGUAGUGGUUGCGAUUGGGACGACGCGAUUAUCGACGAUUGCUGGGAAAUGUGGAAGCGCUGGAUUGCUGUACUGCCGGAAGUCGAAAACAUUAGGAUUCCACGUUGCUAUCUUGGAGAUUCCUUGUCGUCUGCGGUUGAGUCAAUCGAAGUUCACAUCUUCACGGAUGCCAGCGAACACGCAUACGGCUGUGCUGCGUAUCUGCGAGUAGUCAUCGACGGAGCUGUGCGGUGUGUUCUAGCUAUGGCUCGAUCGAAAGUGGCACCGUUGAAGCGCCAGUCAAUCCCGCGACUGGAGUUGAUGGCGGCUGUACUUGAAGCGCGGAUGAGUCAAACGAUGAUCGCCACGCAUUCACUGAAAAUCGAUCGAUGCGUACUGUGGACAGAUUCACGAACGGUUUGGAGUUCGAUCCGGUCUGACCAACAUAAAUACAAACAGUUUGUUGCGUUCAGGAUCGGUGAAAUACUGGCGAGCGACGGAUUGGCGAUGGGUUCCAACGAAGCAGAAUAUCGCGGGCGUCCUGACGAAAUGACAUCGAGGUAA